UAUUAAAAAUGUAUUUUUAUUUAAACAAAUAGAAUAAAUAAUCAAUCAUACAGUGUUUUUUUUUGGGUCAACCAGUGUGUUUAUUUGAUUUUCCACAUUUCUUAACUUAAAAUAACAAAACGAGCAGGAGUUCGAUCGCCGGCGGUAAUCAGAAUGAAGGAAGACAUUCAGAAAAUGGUGGCCGUAGGGCUCGUGUGGGGAGCCACCAACGCCCUGAUCCGCCGCGGAGCACUCGCCUGGGAUAAAAAAUCAUCAUCAUCUUCGACGACAACGCAGUCUCCUCCGCCUCUUCAGAUCCCAUCCAACUUCAGCCGCAAAAUCCUCGCCUCUCUCCGCGACUGGAUCAACCUCCUCCUCUUCUGGCAAUACUCCGUUCCUUUCCUCGUAAACCUCUCCGCCUCCGCCGCGUUCUUCGCCCUCCUCGGCGAGUCCCCGAUCUCCAUCGCCGUUCCGGUCACCAACGCCACGACCUUCGCCGCAACCGCCGCGUUCGGGGUUCUUUUGGGGGAGGAAACUCAAAUCGGACUUGCUUUGGUAGGUACGAGCUUUAUUGUAUUUGGAAUCUGGCUUUGCGUUGGUCACUGAUCAGAUCGAUACUGAUCUGAUCUGAUCUGAGCUGUGUGAUUGGAACAUUCUAGAAGCGUCACUCUGUUUCCUGUGAGAUAUAGAAUUGCUUUCAUUCUUGUUCUAGCAGAGAUAGAUAGGGAGAGUGCUUAUUAAACUGAAUAUGGCAUGGUCGCUGCAAUGUGCAACUAUAGCAAGUUGCAGCUAGUUGUUCGUUUUGAUGUCGUGGGACUGAUAUAACUAGUAAUCCCAAGUAGUUACUUCUCUA